GCUCGUCUGAGUCAGAAGUUCAGAAUACAAUAGCAAACGUUUCAAGAGAGCCAUGGCCUGUGAGCAGUCUUCGCACAUGAACCAGGGAGAAGGAGAAAAGAGCUAUGCCCGGAACUCUAGUAUUCAGAGUGCUGCGCAGAAGUGGAUGAACCCUGUUGUAGAGGAGGCUGUCACUGACUUGAUGAAGAAAUUCAGCAAUGCCAGCGGUAGCAUGGUGAUAGCUGACCUGGGCUGCGGCUCUGGCCCCAACGCCAUAGCCCUUGCCUCAAUGGCUGUGGAUGCUAUUUUUCGCCACCGUGGCCAUGACGAGCAGGUGCCACCGGAGCUAUGCGUACUCCUGAACGAUCUUCCAGACAAUGACUUCAGCAGUGUUGCAAAGCACUUGGUUGCAUUCCAAGAGGAUGCCCCAAGCUUCGGCCCUGUUUUAACUGCUAUUGUUCCUGGUUCAUUCUACAAGAGGCUCUUUAUCGGUAGCUCUUUGCAUCUAGUUCUUGCAUCGUACAGUGUGCAUUGGUUGUCGGAGGCACCUGAAGAUCUAAGAAAGAACCGGAUCCCUAUGUACGACUGCGAUGAGGGUCUCAGGCAAGCAAGGCGCCCGCUGGUGCUCGAGGCUUAUGCUCGGCAGUUCAAGAAGGAUUUCACGCUGUUCUUGAACUUGAGGGCUCAAGAGUUAGUCCCUGGGGGCCAGAUGGUGAUCUCCUUACUAGGACACUGUUCUAGUGACAGUACAUGCCAGUCAAAUCUACUAUGCGAUGGUGUAGCUUUUAUGCUAGAUGACAUGGCAUCAAAGGGUAUCAUCGACAGAGAAAAGCUAGACUCGUUCUACUUACCCAUGUAUGGCCCUUCUGAUAAGGAGUUAAGAAAAAUCAUCCAAGAUGAGAACUCCUUCAUGAUCAACAAGAUAGUGGUCCAUGACGUUGUUAGUGACAUGGACAAAAAAAGCUCCAUCACCCCAAAGACGGUAGCUCUCGCAACUAGAGCUGCGUACGGACCAAUAGUCGCGCAGCACUUCGGGUCGCAAGGACAAGUGCUGGAAGAGUUUGAGAGAACCGUCGAGUUGCACGUGAGUGCAGGCAGCCCGAAGGCUGUUGCACCGGGCUUUCUUAUCCUAUGUGUGUCUCUCAAAAAGAAGGUAUAAUGGGUGCUUUCUAUCUA